AAGAGCGCUAGCUUCACUUGAUCUCCAGGCUCCAACUUCAGCAGGACUUGAGAGCAUCUGAACUUCGGGAUUUUAGGACAAGUGAAGAAGAUUCUUUGGGCUACAAAGAUGAAGAGUCUACUUCUUCUGGUGCUGAUUUCAAUCUGCUGGGCUGAUCAUUCAGACAACUAUACUGUAGAUCAUGAGAGAGUUAUUCACAUCCAAGCAGAAAAUGGCCCCCGUCUACUCGUGGAAGCAGACCAAGCCAAGGUGUUCUCACAUAGAGGUGGCAACGUUACACUGCCGUGUAAAUUUUACCGAGACCCUACAGCAUUCGGCUCAGGAACUCACAAAAUCCGAAUUAAGUGGACCAAGCUAACUUCAGAUUACCUCAAGGAAGUGGAUGUUUUUGUUUCCAUGGGAUACCACAAGAAAACCUAUGGAGGCUACCAGGGUAGAGUGUUUCUGAAAGGAGGCAGUGAUGAUGAUGCUUCCCUGGUGAUCACAGACCUUACCCUGGAGGAUUAUGGGAGAUAUAAGUGCGAGGUGAUUGAAGGAUUAGAAGACGAUACUGCUGUGGUAGCAUUAGAUUUACAAGGUGUGGUAUUCCCAUAUUUUCCACGACUGGGGCGCUACAAUCUCAAUUUUCAUGAGGCACAGCAGGCUUGCCUGGACCAGGAUGCUGUGAUAGCCUCCUUUGAUCAGCUGUAUGAUGCCUGGCGGGGUGGGCUGGACUGGUGCAAUGCUGGCUGGCUCAGUGAUGGGUCUGUGCAAUAUCCCAUCACAAAACCGAGAGAACCCUGUGGAGGCCAGAACACAGUGCCCGGCGUCAGGAACUACGGGUUUUGGGACAAAGAUAAAAGCAGAUAUGAUGUCUUCUGUUUUACAUCCAACUUCAAUGGCCGAUUUUACUACCUGAUUCACCCCACCAAGCUGACCUACGACGAAGCGGUGCAGGCUUGUCUCAAGGAUGGUGCUCAGAUUGCUAAAGUGGGCCAGAUAUUCGCUGCCUGGAAACUUCUGGGAUAUGACCGUUGUGAUGCAGGCUGGUUGGCGGACGGCAGUGUCCGCUACCCCAUCUCUAGGCCAAGAAGGCGCUGCAGUCCUACUGAGGCUGCAGUGCGCUUUGUGGGUUUCCCAGACAAAAAGCAUAAGCUGUAUGGUGUCUACUGCUUCAGAGCAUACAACUGAGUGUGCCCCUAGAGCACAUCAGUUUUAAAGUCAUUAAGAACAUGUGAAAGGUAUUUUUUUCAAUAUGAACUCAUGCAAGUUACCAAAACUGUGAUAACCCUUUUUUACUUACUGUAAAGAGUCAUUUUCAUAAAGACCAAUUCAUUAAUUUGUUUUUGUAAAGCUAUCAUUCGAUAUAUAUUAUAAAUUAAUAUAAUUUUAAGGGAAGCACUACAUAGAGGCUUUAGAGCCAAACUGUUUAGGCUACAUCAUCCCAACGAAGUAUCCUUUCAUGAUCGGGGCAUGCAAUAGCUUGAGGAUUGCUAGGAUUAAACGAAGGAAAGUAAAGCUACUCAGAGCAGCAGCUGCCACAAGCACAAAUUUUACACAUUUGUACAAUUUUGAAAUGCACUGCAAUAAACAGAUUAGAGCAACAGAUUUGAAAUACAGGCUUCUUUACAUAAACUGAGAUUCUGAGAGGUUGCACAAAACUUAGUUUCACAAGGGAACAAUCUACACUUUUCUAAAAUAUUUCAAAGCUCCAACAAAGUAUUUUACUCUUUAAAAUCCUGCCUUUUGACCAAAAAAGAAAUAUAUGUAUACACACACAUAUAUAUAUGGUCUCCAAUGCAUAACAAGCACAGUUAAAACCCCUUAAUAAUCCCAUUUAUAUGACGUAUGAAACUAAAAUAAGCAGAUAAUAUUUAACCCAAUGAGAGACUCCUACUUCUUCUAAUUAAAAUUACACAUGCUUGAGAAGAAUUGUUUUCUUUUGAGUAGCUUUACUGAGUUAUAUUUAAAUUCUAAGGGCCGAUUGCUAAGCAGCAUUUAGCAUC